CCUGAAUGAAAACAAUGAUUCAUUAAAUUGAUACAUAGUCUAAUUUAUUGUAGCUCUUUCUUCACACAAACAUCGAAACUUUUCAUCUGUAUUUUUCAUUGUCAGUUCUUCUUAAUAGUUGUUUUUAAAGAAGUGGAAGUAAUCGGGUUGUUGAUUUUAAUUUCCUUCUACUUUUAAGAGCAUCUUUGGGUAAAUUAUUUGCCGUAGUCAGAGGCGGAUCUAGGGGCCUCCCCUAAAUUUUGUGACAGUUAUAAUUUUAUUAUAUAUUAAUUUUCUUUUUUUUUUACGAUCCCCUCCACACACACACACCUAACAGUGGUUUCUAAUCCAUCCACCUGUCUAAAAAUAUAGAGACCAGAAACAUCACUAAAUUGUCCUGAAAACAGGCUGAACGAAUGUAGAAAGAAAGUGUCGUUUCUAUGUCUGAAAAUUGUUACAUUACCCUAUAUAUAAUAGGUAUUCAAAACUUGUGGCACCAUGUUUCAACCAUUUCUCAACCAAAAUGGUGCAACAAAUGGACACACAAACGAAAAAUAUAUACUCACUAAAUCCCGAUUGAAGUACUUGUGUCUAAAACAAAAUAAAUCUUCCAACGACGACCUUCAAACCUUUCCCCGCUAAAUAGAGGGAAGCAACUUGCACUGCACAUUAAGAAAAUUAUCGACUUAAUGUGCACCCUGCACUAGUAGGGGCAUUUCAUGGUAAUGUUUGGUGACAUUUUGUAUUGAUAGAAACCAUAUAAGAGAUGUUUACUUCACACACCCCCCAAAAAAAAAUAAAAAAAAUUGUACUUAUAUUUUGGGAUACACAUACAUAUUAAUGAGUGUGAUGAACAUGACAUCAUUUGGACGCAAGAAAUUUUUGUGCAAGUUCAACCUAUAAACUCUGCUCUCCUAUAUCUUCUAUGUUAUAUCCCAAUAAUUAUUUUGUUAGGUCACAAUGUUGUUUUACAAUGACAUGCAGAGAAAAUAAAUAGUUGAUAUAAUUUAAUAAUCAAUUAUUAAUCAAUAAAGGUACCGUGACGGACAUGACAUGACACACCUGACAUUGUCAAGAUUCAAAGUUACCUCAUAAAAUGAACGAAAUCUUGAUACAAAACAUAAUGAUGACAUCUGAUUAAACUUUAUAAUGUACAACAAAUAAUAACUAUGUAUUAUACUAGUAAAAUAUCUCCUACAGCGUAAAGACAAAGUCUGGCUGAAAUUUAUUAUUCAGACCUAAUUUUCUGAAAAAUUAAAAUGGCAGAAAUUCAUAUUUUUCAUGUAGUCAAUACAUGCACAUUGAAAUAAAAAAUACAUCCACUUUUGCUAUCUCAUGUGGAGAGGUAGCUUGCAUGUCUCAAUGACUCUGGGAGCUAUGCUAGCUGGAGCUGUCAAACGGUAGAGACUCUACUAAUAUGGAUCAGACAGACGGAGGACGUGAGUCAAGAAAGAUUACUGUCUAGAAGAAGCAAACUCCAAAGUCAAAACUGGGCUGGAGAGGCUCAUAAUCUUACUGUUGAACACGAGAGGACAACAUGAGGUUAACGUGUGAUGUGGAGUUGGUGAAUCGUCUUCUCCCAUCAUUCAAUCUGAAGAAAGCAAGUCGCAGCUGUCGAGCUCAGGUAUCUCUGGGGAAGAAGCCUGCAAGUUCGUCUAAAGACGGAGCCCUCUUCCUGAUGGUCUGCACUGCUAAAGACAGGAACGGAGUCAAGUUUCUUGUGAAGGGUAACAUAGAACAGAUAUUUGGCAAGUUUGUAUCUGAUGGAAAAGCCACCAUUCGCAUACGAGAUCCACAGCAAGAUGUGUGCAUCAGUAAGGCAGAUCCUCUACAACUGAAGAACAUUUUGAACUUGAUUCAUCAGGCCUCGCAGGGAAAAGAUCUUGACCGGACAGCCCUUUCAGCACUGACCCCAGCAUCGGCCAGACAAGUAGAAAAACCCAAAACUAAAAUGACCAUCCUGACUCGAAAAGAUUACCCCCUGACCACAACCUUUCCGUCUUCGUUGGAAUCCCUCCAAGUAUCUCAGUGUUCCAUGAAGAGAAUCGAUCAACGCAUCUUGCAGCUUUCAAAACUAAAGAUUCUCAACUUAAGUCAUAACAGUCUUCAGAGCCUUCCUGAAUCCUACGGUCGGAUAUACUCACUAUACGAGUUAUAUGUGAAUAACAAUCAGUUAACCAAACUACCCAUUUCACUCUGUCGAAGCUCCCUGUCAACAUCACUGGUAGUGUUAGACAUCAGUGAGAAUCAAAUAACAACUUUGCCACUGGAGUUAUGUGAACUUAAACAGCUUGUGACUUUGAAAGCCGAUAAAAAUGAUCUUAAAUCGUUGCCUGCGACGAUAGGAAAAUUAAUACACUUGAAGAGUGUCUCUGUUGCUCACAAUAAGCUGGCGAUACUUCCUGCAGGCUUGACACGACUUCAGCUGGAUCAUCUCGACCUGUAUUGUAACCCGCUGGAACUUCAACAGACGGAGUCAGUUAUCAUGUCUCAGCUAACAUUUCCAACACUUGUAGAAUGUUGCGCAAGAAGCAUCAAGAAGUACAGGGUUCCCUAUACAGAUGAAGACUUGUUCCCUCAGCUGUGUCAGUACUUGGAUUCCGCACGCCAUUGCUGGUGUGGUAAUUACUGCUUCCAGUGCUGUGCUCGUUACAUCGCCACUGUGGAUCUACGGCGGGUAUCGGCUACUGUCACAGCGUGGGAUAACGUCGGUACCAAGCUUGUUCCUGUGGAGGCAUUCCUGUGUUCUCAGAAUUGCCUCACCAAGUUUCAAAACAACUCUGUUGCAUACUGGAAGUAGCUUCAACACUAGCACACGUUUAAGAUCUGUGUUACAAACUCAAGUCUAUAAAACUCUCUCAGUUGGAGCAAAUACUUGUUACAGGCUCAGUCUAAAACAUGGACACACUGAUGUUACUUUAACAACAUGGGUUAAUGGAAAUAAUUUCUCAUGUGAAAAUAAUUUAUUAAAUUAUUUUUGUUAGUUGAUUUUUAUUCAUUUAUUCCACAAUGUUGGACCUAGUUCCAUUAUUUAUCUGUAAUUUUAUUGUCAAGUUUAACAGUAGUAACAAAGAUUGCUGCCAUAUUUUUAUACAUUGGCACCUAAGUAUUCAUUAUUAUAUUAUAAGAAAGUCUGUCAUCAAUUGUCUUUUAAUAAUAACUAACAAAAAUAAAGGAUAAAUAGCC